GUGACGUCGCAGGUCAGAGUUGAAGCGUGGCAGUUGUAUAAAUCAGCAUUGUGGAUCUUUGAAGAGUUUUACAAUAAUUUACAAAUAAUUUAAAGAUCGAAAUUAUGCUCCUCCCAGCACUCAAGUUUGUCGCGUCUUGUAGCUGUCACACCGCUGGCAGGACCUUUCAACAGAUCAAACGAACCCCUUUGAGACAAUGGCUGCUGAAGAGAGGACAGACCACAGUGGCUGUGCAAGGUGGAAAUGCAACAGUGACUGUAUCAAUCCCAAACGCAGCGACAGAUCGAUUGGUUGGCCGCUGGCUGGUGGGCUGCAGUGGGCUGGUUCUGGGUGCUGUGAUUCUGGGAGGUGUUACGAGGUUGACAGAGUCCGGCUUAUCCAUGGUCGACUGGCAUUUAGUGAAGGAGAUGAAGCCGCCGCGAAGUCAAGCGGAGUGGGAAGCAGAGUUCUCAAAGUACAAACAGUUCCCAGAGUUCAAAAUAAUGAAUCAUGACAUGACUCUUACAGAGUUUAAGUUUAUCUUCUACAUGGAGUGGGGUCACCGUAUGUGGGGUCGGCUCGUUGGAUUAGCUUACAUUCUUCCUACAGUAUAUUUCUGGAGGAGAGGGUACUUCAACCGCUCAAUGAAGGCUCGUGUUGUGGGCCUGUGUGGUUUCGUCUUCUUCCAGGGUCUUCUGGGGUGGUACAUGGUGAAAAGUGGUCUGGAGGAAAAGUCAGAGUCAUACGACAUUCCCCGUGUCAGUCAGUACAGACUUGCCGCUCACCUGGGCUCAGCUCUGCUGCUGUACUGCGCUAGUCUCUGGACUGGACUCACCCUCAUGCUGCCUGCAAACAAGUUUCCUGAUAGCAGACGUGUGCUGCAGCUCAGACGGUUCGCUAAGGGUACUGGAGGCCUGGUCUUUCUCACAGCUCUCUCAGGUGCAUUUGUUGCUGGACUGGAUGCAGGUCUGGUGUAUAACUCCUUCCCAAAGAUGGGUGAGCGCUGGAUCCCAGAUGAUAUUUUAGCUUUCUCUCCAGCCGUCAAGAAUGUGUUUGAAAAUCCCACAACUGUUCAGUUUGACCAUCGUAUACUGGGCAUCUGCUCAUUGACUGCUAUCACAGGACUCUACCUCUUCUCCAGACGGAUGCAUUUACCCCCAAGGACAAAGACUGCAAUCGGCUGUCUCACCGCCAUGGCCUAUACACAAGUGGCUCUUGGCAUCAGCACCCUGCUGCUCUAUGUGCCCACUCCGCUGGCAGCCACACACCAGUCUGGAUCUGUGGCGCUGCUCACCUUCGCCAUCUGGGUCUUGGCUGAGCUGCGAAAGGUGGUCAAGUAGACUGGGCUCUGCUUUCUCCAAAUGAGUUUGAAGAGAUUUUAAAUGAACUAUGCUGUGGACUGCCAUGAGUCUUCCUUUCCUUAUGACACCACAGCAUGUUUAGUAUGGAUGGGUUUAGAUAAUAGACCUUGCACAAGGUGUAAUGGUGAAGUAUAUUGAUGUGUUGUUUUGUUUUUCAGUCUGUCAAUAUUUCAUUUAUAAAAGGAAAUGUUUGUAAAGUGUGACAGCUUAUUUAAACUAAUAAAAAUAAUCAUCUGC